GGCUUAGGACAUGCGUCGGUACGGAAGGCUAGGUGGUAGGAGGAAGCAGACGACACAAUGGCAGAAGAAACCCUCGGUGCAUUAGCCAUAGCGAAGAUCGCCCUAGCGGGCGCCGCGGCAGGGUUUGCCUUGGGGGACGCGGCGCUGAUGGCGGUGGACCCUGGCCUGAUCGCCGACGGCCCUCUGGGCAGCGCCACGGGCCUGGCCAUGGUGGCGGGCAAGGUGGGCUCCACGGGCGUGGCCGGCGUGAUGGCGAGCCUCGUGUUCGCCGCCACCUUCUUCUCCCUGGGCUUCGGCUUCAACCUCGCCUCCCUGCUGAUGUCCACCCUGGCGCGGUGCGGCACGCCACACGACGGCCGUCUGACGGACGGCGCGGCCGGAGCCUUCACCGCCGUGGGGGCGGUGGCGGCCGGCUUACUGGGCGGCCUGGCCCCAGCGUGGUGCCUCCUGGGGGCCGGGUGCAUGCUGGUGCUGUCGACGUACGUCCGGACGGACGUGAACGAGACGGCCACCGCCCUGCUGGUCAUCUACGUCACGCUGCACGCCAACGCCGUGCUGGGCCGCAUGGGCGUCCUGCUGGGGCUGUUCGCCACGGCCAUGAGCGUCUCGUUCAUCGUGGGCCUCCGCAAGUUCCUGAGGCAGCGCUGGGCGCCCCCGCCGCCGUCGGACCGCCGGCCCGGCGGCCUGCUGGGGAAGCUGUCGCUGAGCGUGGUGGUCGUGGCCUUUCUGGGCUUCCCCAUCGGCCUGGGCAUCGGCGGGAAACCCGUGGUCGAGGCGGGCGCCGAUGGAGCUGCGGCGGCGGCGGCGGGCGGGGAGGCGGAGGUGGCGUUGCUGCUGGAGGCGGUGUUCUGGGUGGGGGUCCUAUUCGCCCCCCUGCUGGGCGCCUCCCUGGGCACCAUGGGCGCCGUGGGCCUGGGGACCAAGGGCGCGGCCCGCACGGCCAUGGCGGCGGCGGCGGCGUCCUGCCUCGCCCUGGGCGUGGUCCUCCCGGCCUGCACGGGGGCGGGGUCCCGCAGCUGCCUGGGGGGGAUCCUGGGGGCGGCGGCGGCCACGGGGCUGGCCCUGGCGGCGUCCCGCGUGGCGUUGAAGGCGGAGCACCGGGCCACCAACGUGGUCCACGGCGCCGUGGUCGCCGGGGUGAUGCUGGGCGUGGGGUACGCGUCGUGGUCGUCGGCGGCGCCGUGGUGCCAGCUCCUGGCGUCGGCCCUCACCGUGUCCCUCGUCGCCACCAUGGCGUUCUUCUGCGGGGCCCCCAGGAGCCCCUUUAACCUGCAGUACGGGCCGGGCACGGGCGCAGACCUGAUGAGGCAGCUCGGCAAGGAGACGGUUUCCACGGGAGCGGCGCCGUUCGGGGCCGGGGCCCUCGGGGCCGCCGCGCUGGGCACGGCGGCCCUCGGGAGCCUGGGGGCGGUGGGCGUGGCCAUCGCCGUCGCGCUGGCGCUCGGAAAGACUCUGAAGAGCAUGGCGGAGCAGCCGGUGAAGGCUGCGGCGGCCACGCACGACGACUGAGGGACGGGCGGACGGUUGGGCUGUUGGGACUGGAACGAACCAAUAGGUCUGAGAAUGAGGGGGAGACCACGCACUUGUUAAACGCACGGUCGCACUCACACACACAAUAUUUGUGUUUGAUUGUUUGUUUGUCUUUGUGACGAUGCAUGUACACGCUUUUAAGCUUUAAUUUGUUUUCAAAUAAAAUUAUUAUUGUUAUUCUUCACGUGAGAAUAAACGAAAAAGAAGGAAA